GAGUCGGUGGACCCUAUAAUGAGGCGAGACUUGAAUAACGAGUGGAAAGGCAGAGGGUGACUGGUAGGGUGCUGGUUCCUGACAGACCUGCCUACUUGAGCCCAGUAGGCGGACAGAAGCGCGUCGGUACUUUACUAGCUUGACGCCGGUAGUGGUGGGACACGUCUGCUGAAGCUAUCUACAAUCCCUGCAACUGAACCUUCUCCAGAAGUGCCUUUUUUCCCAAUCUGCUACACAGAAAAAAAUAAGAUGGAGCAGCAGUCAGACCAGGCACAUCCCAAUUGCACAGAGACGAUCCAAACUCUGGCCGAAGUGGAAAAACCAGAAGUGGAAUUAGAGGAGCAAGUGCCGGUAGGAGAGGAAGACAAGGGGCCACAGGAAGUGACUUCCAGUGAGCAGCUGGAUGAGGGGCAAAAGGAUGAAGCGCAGAAAAUGGGAAAUGUGGACGUGAUACCUGAGAAAAACAAAGAACAGGAGGCACCUGAACAGUCAAAUGAUGUGGGAAAGGGAGAAGAGGUGAUGGCAGAAUCCGUGAUCCCGGAAACCAAACCUGAGGAGGACGAUCCUCCUGUUGCUGCUGGCUCGCUUGCAUUUGCUUUUCUGCAGGAUGAGCAGACUAAGGGAGUCCUGCGCGAGUCCCGCACCCUUUUCAUUCUUCGGGGUCUUCCUGGAAGUGGCAAGACCCAUCUCGCCACUGCCAUUAAGGAUGUUUAUGAGGGUGUCUGUUCUGUCGUCAGUGCUGAGGAAAUUGCGAAGCCUGAGAACGAUGCAUCAGGAGAGGGGCACAAGGCCCUGGAUGAAGCCAUCCAAGCGAGGUUCAUGUCUGGCACACCAGUGGUGGUGGUUGAUGAUGCUAAUCACACGCAUGAUAGGUUAGCCUGGCUAGGUCAACAUGCAGGGCUGCACCUGUACUGUACUCUGUUCCUGGAACCUCUGACUGAGUGGCGUAGAGACCCUGAGAGACUAGUCCAGAAGAGUAAGCAGGGACUGGAGAAAGAUGAGAUCCAAGCUUUAAAAAUCAUGCUUGAGGAGACUUCUAUACCCCUUUUCUUUGGCUGGUUUCUGGUAUUGAAAUCCCAGGAACGCAUGAAUACAAUGAAGGUUGACUUUCUCAAGACCUUGGUCAGCUUGGAUGCCUUCAAGAAUCAUGCUAGUGACUAUAAUGGGGGAGUUGAGAAGGAGGUUAACCUGGAGGAGUACUUUCACCAUGAAGGGGUGUUUCAUUGUACUACGAAGUUCUGUGACUACGGGAAAGCUGAAGGAGCCAAGGAAUAUGCAGAGAAGCAGUCUGUGAAGGAGUCCUACGGCCGCGUAUCAGAGCUGGUACUGAACACCCUCUUUGUCACUCCUCGUACUCUCGGCGCCAGGGUGUCCCUUGCAGAAGAUCAGCUGCAGCUGUGGCCCAGCGACACCGACCAAGAUGCCAGGUCUGGCAUAGACAUUGCCCGGGGCAGUCAUGCCCACAUCACGUUGGGCUGCGCUGAGGGCGUGGAGCCGGUGCAAACAGGCCUAGACCUGCUGGAGUUGGUUCAGGUGGAGCAGGAGAGCCACACUGGAGAUGUUGUGCAGGACCUGGAGCUUGGCUCGCUCACCUAUUAUGGCAAAGGCAUGUGGGCCCUGAGCUUGCGUGAGCCCUUCCUGGCUACUGCUUGCUUCUCUAGCUACUAUGGCCACUGGGAGGAGAAGGAGACCGAGAAGAAGAGAUCUAAGUGCACAGUUCACUGAAGCAGUGAUUUACUCGGGGUUUCACCUUUGCAGUAACCAUGGUGGCUAAGCUGGCCCUAAAACCAUUCUGAACCCCACACUCAUCCAUCUUGUGCUCUGUCCCGCUUGUGUGCUUGAGGUUAACUGGAGGUGCUUCCAUCAAAGCUUUCCAUGAAAAUGUGGAAGUCUUGCUUCUAUUGAAACCGUUGCAUGCUGGUUGAAUUGCAAAACUGCAUUGUUGAAACAUAAUGUGACUUUUUUUUUUUUUGCACUGGUGGUGGUGGUUCUGGGCAAUGCAUCAGUUUAGUGGCGUGAUGGCAGAGCACUAUACUCACAGGGCAAGAGGAAGGGGUUUUGCUGCUUUUGAAGUUCUAGUGCGUUUCAAGCGUUAGAUGACUGUUCCACUUGACCGUGCCUUUAAAUCUGCAUAUUUUAUGCUUUCACUUUCAAUGACCCACUCUAGUGCAGCACUUAAGCUAUUUAUUGUUGCAUAUAUCAAUUUUUGUACUUCAAAUAAAAUCUGACUGGCUAUGA